AUGCUCAUGGAAAUGGUGUCAUAUCUGCCGAUUUCUUCUCCCUUUAUCUCUUUCGCCGGUCGCUACAUCGGCGAUGCCUUUGAAGCUGCUACAGGAUACAAUUUCUUCUUCCUCGAAGCAUUUCCUGUUCCAUUCGAAGUCGUGGCUUGCAAUAUUAUACUCGAGUUCUGGACGACGAAGAUUCCAGUGACUGUUGUUCUGAUUCUCUAUACUUUGGAACAGCAGAAUUCUGUAGCCUUGGACAAAAUCAUCCUCUUCCUAGGACUAACCUUCUACACCGUGGCUAGUUUGGUGAUAACCCAGCUCGUUACACUGACGGCUUCGAGUAAGUGA